CAAAGCAGGGUCGUGGCCACUGCUGCACUCCCAGCGAGCGCUCUGCUGCUAACGAGCUCACCGCGUCCCAAAAAACAGGGGCGGGGAGGGUUUUGUUCCUUAUUCCAGACUGUCAGAGGCAUAUUUAUGAAUGAUUUACUCCUGGGGUUGAGGGCUCGAUGCAAAUGAGCACAAAGGAAGUUGUCAGCAGCAUCGUGCUCUGGCCAAUGGUAGGAAAGCUCCAUCUUAGCUGUGCCAUAAGGCUGCACUAAAAAAAGGGACCAGAACGGCGCUCUCGCAGCAUCCUUUCACACAAGAGGUAGCCCCCAGAUCUGUGACGGUGAGCACGCUAAGACAACUCCUGAAGAAUGGCAACCCUCAACAGCACUCACUGGAACGAGACUACAUCCAUUUCCCAGUACCUGGGCUUCCAGGUGCAAAAGAUUUACCCUUUCCAUGACAACUGGAACACCGCCUGCUUUGUUAUCCUGAUCAUAUUCAUCUUCACUGUGGUUUCUCUGGUGGUGCUGGCUUUCCUCUACGAACUGCUGGACUGCUGCUGCUGUGUGAAAAACAAGACUGUGAAAGACUUGGAGAACGAACCCAAUCCUGUCAGAGCCAUGCUGAACAGCUUCAGGAAGCGUGAAACAGAGGUGGUGUAGGAGGGACUGAGCACCAGCGCUUGGAGAACGUUUGACACCUUGAAUGAAGCCUCUUGUACCUUACAAACGAGCAAGUCACGUGCUUUUUUGGUUUGGUCUUAAAUAUACGACAGGUUGUAACUUUAUCUCUGGAUGUGAACUGGAACAAUUGGCAAAGGCUUUCCAAGUGUUUAGCAGAAGGACAAUCUGUUGCAGUGUUAUGGGGGAAGAAAAGAUUUUUGCUUUUAAAUGAACUUUUGCUGUUUAUAUUGAGUGACUAGCAUAGAAUUUUGUCUACCUGACUGAACAAAUGUUGCCUAAUGUGCAUAAAUCUGUGUUGCUUAACCAGAGAAAACGUUUAUAAAAAUACUCAACGGUCUGAUCACACACAGUGCAAAGGCACAACAGUGCCAUCCCACCAAGUCAACUGCACAGAGACAGGACAGACAGACCAGUGGUGAGAAAAGACAUGGGAGAGAAGGGUGUGGAUGGCAAGAGACCCCUCAGAUAGGACAGCACCGGGUGAAUUCUUGCCUUUGGCAGCACUUUUUAUUAUAGGUUUCUUGCCUCUAGAAGAGACAGUGGUGGGCAGAAAAUUAAGCCAAUAUGAAAUGUAUCCCUAAAACGGUCUUUUCUAACCUCCUGUGGUAGUUUGACCCUUUCUCUCUCCUCCAGUUCUCCAGUUCCAGAGAACUGUUCUCCCUUUAUUUCAUAUUCAACCUGGUCAACAAUUUCUGGGUGUCGAGACCUGAGAAACCCACUUCCUUCAGAAUAUCUGCCCCUUUCCACAAAACCCUACUGCAGUGGUACCACUGCUGAGGAGAAACAGGGACACUCCUCUGCCCCAAGGCUGCUGCCUCUGUGGCAACCACAGCACUACGGGGGGGUCUGGCAGCAAACAAAAGUCCUGCCAGGAGGGAAACAAACCCACCUAAAUGGCAAAA